AUGGCGCCUCCGACCGGGCACCUGCUGCUCCCCAAAAUAUGGAGGGCAGCAAGGUUCGCCUAUGAGAAGGCUUCCAAAGCCAUUCGAACCAAGUUCCCUGAACAAACACAAUACAAUGCAGUACGCUACCAACCAGCCUAUGCUCGCAUCAACCGCCAGCCAAUCAGUCGUGCCGCGGCCAUCCGUCAAGCUCGCAGCCGGCACUUCUCCACUCGCGCUGCCGGUGCUUUCGCCUCUGCCAUUCGAUCUGGAUUGGGUGUUAAGCAACCCAUCCGCGACACCUCGCGAGUUGUCUCUGGUCUCAGUCGGCUCAGCGGUCGUGCUCCUUUUGCUUCGACCUUACGUCCCAACCUGACAGGCGGUACUCUGGGCCGCACCGCAGGUGGAUACGCCAUCGGGGCCGGACGCUUUGGUGGAGCCCGGUACUUUUCUCACGGCCCUGCGGCUCCUGCACAGGUCAUUCAGAAUGUGUCGCAGGGUGUGCGUGCCUUCUUUUUGUCGGGCCAGAAAGCCCGUUUCGAUGGCAUUGACCCUCGUACCGGAGAGAAGCGCUUCAAGACUGUCAGCUCGCUGCAAGAUCAGGCCGAGCGAAAAAUGAACGCUGUGCCACGCACUGCCUCGGGAUCUUUUGUCGACUUCGAGGUCUCCCCCACCAUCACUGCUCUCAGUGCCUUCGGUGGUCAGGAGAAGGGCUCUGCUGCCACUCUCAACUCUGAGGGUCUCAUGGAUCUGCUCUCUGCAGACUUUGCGCGUGCAUUGAAGGACUUUGCCGCCGUCAUGAAUGAUCUCAAGCGUAUCUCCACGCUUGGCGAUCUUCCUGUCAUUCUUCACGACCGAUCUACCAUCCGUGUUCACUUCCCAGGCUGCGACUCGGAAACCGUUGAGCAGCUCUGCGGCGAAGCCGGUGUUCAGCGUGGUCGUAUCGGUCAAGAUGAGGACUUCGACGUUCGCACGGGUGCUGAUCUGGCUCUGUUGUUCCCUUUCGCGCCUAGUGUCGCCCCUGCUUCCGAUAUAGAUUACUACUUUGAGAAGGCGCCUAAGCCACAAUCCUGUUCAGACCUCGACUGGCAGGGAAUGAUGACGCCUGAAAGUAUUACACCUUCAUCCAAAGGUCUCAGUCGUGACUCGGGCAACGCUAUCAGUUUCGACGACGGUGAGCUCUUCGGCGCCAAUCCUUGGAAGUCAUCUUCUGCGAGUUAUUCAAGCAUCAAUAUCAGCGAGCUUGGUGACAACCCUUUCUUUCCUGAGGUCUCCAGCGCUGGUCAGCCGGAAACUACGUCUGCCUACGAUGGCUCUGACGGCAUUUACAAGUUCUUAGCCGAGUGUGAUCGGGCACAGCGCUAA